AUGCCGAGAAACCAAGGGGAGGUGGUCCUGACCACCAUCUUGCUGUUACAGAUGGUGGUUGGGGCUCUGGCCAAUGUCAUCCUUUUCUUCCUCAAUAUCUCUCCCAUCUGGCUUGGCCACAGGCAGAGACCUACACAGACGAUCCUCACCCACAUGGUUGUGGCCAAUCUCGUGAUUCUUCUCUCCCCUGGGAUUCCCCACAUAAUGGCAGCUUUUGUUUCGAGCAACCCCCUCUCUGGUCUCGGGUGUAAAUUUGUAUAUUAUAUGCAGAAAGUGUCUUGUAGCACCACCCUGUGCUCCACCUGUGUCCUGAGCACCUAUCAGUCCUUCACCCUCAUCCCCAGGAGACUGGAGGGGAUGAUGCUCAGAGGAAGAGUCCCCAAGGUCAUUGGUCCUUCCUGCUGCACCUGCUGGAUGUUAGGUUUCUUAAUGUACAUCUCUGUCCCUGUAGGAAUCACUGGUCCCCAGGACACAAACAACUAUACUGAUACCCAAGGCAGGUGGUUCUGCUCCACCUCAGCUCGUAAAGCAGGCUUUGUCUACCUAUGGUCCACCUCUGAUGCCGUGUUUAUUGGCCUCAUGGUCUGGUCCAGUGGCUCCAUGGUACUUCUCCUGCACAGACACCACCAGAGAAUGCAGUGUAUCCACACCCCCACUUGGCAGCACAAAUGCCCCCCUGAGACCAGAGCUGCCCACACCAUCCUGAUGCUGGUGGUCACCUUUGUCAUCUUCUACGUGCUGGAUUGCAUUUUGGCUUUUUAUAUCGCUGCCAUUUUAGACUUGCGCUUAUGGUUGCUGCAUAUCGCGAACAUUCUGGCUUCCUGUUUCCCCUCAUUUAGCCCCCUCCUGCUGAUCCUCAGGGAUCCUAAAACUCCUCGGUUCUGCUCUUGGGGUGAAGUGGUAAAUUCACUUAGAAGAAGAAGCUUUAGUAAUAAUCACAUGUUCUCUCUUCUGUAA